UGGUGGAGCGACAGUCCAGACUUGUUGCACCUCUCGGUCCCUGCGAUGGCAUCCCAUUACUGCGCUCAUGUUACAUCCAUGUCUAGUGAUCUGAGGGGCCCUCAGAGGUACAGCAUGUGCUCCGAGAAUCCACAACAUCCCCCCUUCAGAGAAGUGCGUGUUGCUUUCAGGCAGGACGUAAAGGCCGCCCUCGCGCCUCGGCUCGGCUUUCCUAACCUGUUUUUGUGACUAACGGCUUCAGACGUGCGUCGGUGUGUUCCGAAGCCUCUCCUCGCCGCUGCCUGAAUGCCUGUGGAUGUGUGCGUGUCGCUGUGUGUUUUUGUCUGCGUGUCGCUGUGCGUCUGCCUGCUGCUGGCCGUGCUUCCCGCCCUGGUGGCGCCGGUGCCUGACAGCCCCUGUCCUGUCUUCAUACAGCAUAAGCUGAAGUCUUCGCAGAGGGACAAGGUUCGGCAGUUCAUGUCCUUCACGCAGGCCGGCGAGAAGACGGCCGUCUACUGCCUCACGCAGAAUGACUGGAAACUAGAAGUCGCGACGGACAACUACUUCCAGAAUCCAGAGCUUUACUGUAAGGAAUCCAUGAAAACCUCAGUCGACCGGAAAAAGCUGGAGCAGCUCUACAAUCGCUACAAAGAUCCCCAGGAUGAAAACAAGAUCGGAAUCGACGGGAUCCAGCAGUUCUGCGACGACCUGGCGCUGGAUCCGGCCAGCAUCACCGUGCUGGUGAUCGCCUGGAAGUUCCGUGCCGCCACUCAGUGCGAGUUCUCCAAGAAGGAGUUCCUGGACGGGAUGAGCGACGUGGGGUGCGACAGCCCAGAGAAGCUGAAGGCCAUCCUGCCGCGGUUAGAGCAGGAGCUCAAAGACAGCGGGAAGUUCAAGGAUUUCUACCAGUUUACUUUUAACUUUGCCAAAAAUCCCGGACAGAAGGGCCUCGAUCUGGAGAUGGCUGUAGCUUACUGGAACCUGGUCCUGUCGGGACGCUUCAAGUUCCUCGACCUGUGGAAUAGAUUCCUUCUGGAGCAUCAUAAACGAUCCAUCCCAAAGGACACGUGGAACCUAUUGUUGGACUUUGGGAACAUGAUCGCAGACGACAUGUCAAACUACGACGAGGAAGGAGCCUGGCCGGUCCUCAUAGACGACUUUGUGGAAUUCGCUCGACCGAUUGUAACGGGAUCCAAACGCAAGACUCUCUAAAGCCAGUCCCCGUUCCGCUGGAGAAGCAGAACCCUGCUUCUUUUACAGUGACUGCUUAGGUUUUUUUUAAGACUUGUACAAAAAACAAAAACAACAAAAAAAAGUGAAAGUUGUAGACUUCAGAGAGAGAGCGGGAACGCUCGAGCCAGCGUGGAAACCACCGUUAACGGGAGCAGAGCGGCGGCUGGGAGAGCAGCUCGCUCUUCAGGACGUUUGGACGCCGCCGCCGCCGCCGCAGAGGAGAAAAGUGCUUUCUGUAAAGUUCCUCCUACGUCUGUGGGACGUAGCGCUCGCGACACCAGCACCAGCAGGACGCUGCAGCUCCUACUGUACAUUCUGUAUCUACCGGGACAGUUUACACACAGAGCUAUAUGAAGAAUAAUAUAAAUAUGUUCCAUUUAUAAAAUGCAAGAAGAUGAUUGUUUUAUGUGGAGUGGAAUGCUGGGAGGCCUCGGCGCCGUGGAUCGUCGGUGAACUGUUUGGUGAGAGUCUGUGGAGCCGCGAGCCUCUCCUGGAAAGCGUGUUCACCACAGGACGGUUUCCCCGGAGGGAAGGCCGGCCGCCGAUUCCCGUCACCGGUCCGGGUUUGUGCUUUCAUCUCUCUGAAGCUGGGAGCGGGCCUUCAAAACGCCGUCGGGCCUUCCCACACCUCAUUUCAUCAGAUCGGUUGGUUUUAACUGUCCAGGGAGACGGUUCCUCUCCGUCUCGUGUCUCUUCCGAUGCUGACGGAGCGGGAAUGGCAGAGGCUUGGGCUGUUUGUGACUUCAGGACACUAAAAGAGGACGGCGGGACGAAGCAAGCCUUAAAACACGAGUGUCUGUGUGAUCUUUCUGUUCCUGUCCAUGUGUUCAGUGUUACCGGGGUAGUGAACAUUAGAUGUGGGUCAUUCAUCAUGUAAGUAGCCUCAGUAUAUUGUUCAUUCAAGAAAGAUGAAUAAAGCAUGAAUUUUU